AUGGGUGACCCGGGCAGCAAGAACAAAUGUGUGGUGUCUCAUUCUUUAUUUGUAUGUUCCUAGCAGAAAGAGCUCACAUCAAAUAAAAGAGAUGAGUUUGAAGACAUCUUGGAGGAAAGACGGGUCUCCAGUGACUUGAGAUAUGCAAUGAAAUGCUAUACACCCGUGUUAUACAAAGAGCUUUCACCGUGCAAACCACAUGUAAUUAAAAGUGCUGUUCUCCAGUCAGAGCAAGUUCAAUAUGUCAUCAAGCAGUUAGCAAAAGAGACAGGAGAGUCACCUGAUAUUAUUCAAGAAGAAGCCAUGGAAAUUCUGGAUGAGAUGGGCCACAAUAUGCAAUUAGGAGCAGUCAGAUUCUUUGCCUUUACUCUGAGCAAAAUAUUUAAGCGGCUUUUUCAGAGAGUUUGUGUGAAUGAAGAAGGAAUGCAGAGAUUGCAACAAGCCAUUCAAGAGCAUCCUGUUGUACUCCUGCCCAGUCACCGAAGCUACAUAGAUUUUUUGAUGCUGUCUUAUUUGCUAUAUACAUACGACUUGGCUCUGCCUGUCAUUGCUGCGGGAAUAGAUUUCCUAGGAAUGAAAAUAGUUGGUGAGCUGCUGCGAAGGGGAGGCGCCUUUUUUAUGCGACGUUCCUUCAGUGGGAACAGACUCUAUUGGACUGUUUUUGCUGAAUAUGUAAAAACGAUGCUAAGGAAUGGCUAUGCCCCGAUUGAAUUUUUUCUUGAAGGGACUAGAAGUCGCACUGCCAAGACUCUAACUCCAAAGUUUGGUCUUCUCAGUAUUGUGAUGGAGCCAUUUUUUAAAGGUGAAGUCUUUGACACGUACCUCGUUCCCAUCAGCAUCAGCUAUGAGAGGAUUUUAGAAGAAUCUCUUUAUGCAUGUGAACUUCUAGGAGUCCCAAAGCCCAAAGAAUCUACAUCUGGCUUGUUGAAAGCCAGAAGAAUCCUCAGUGACAAUUUUGGGACGAUACAUGUUUACAUUGGCCAGCCAGUGUCACUCAGAACCUUAGCAUCUGGGAGGAUCAAUCGAUGCCCCUAUAAUUUGGUUCCCAGGCAUCUGCCCCAGAAGCCAUCUGAGGAUAUCCAAGAAUUUGUCGGCGAUGUAGCUUAUAAAAUGGAGCUCAUGCAAAUAGAAAACAUGGUUUUGAGCCCGUGGGUGCUUGUUGCAGCUGUUCUGCUCCAGAAUUUGCCAGCCAUGGAUUUUGAGCUUCUAAUAGAAAAGACCCUUUGGCUUAAAGGCUUAGCACAGUCUUUUGGAGGAUUCAUUGAGUGGCCUGAUAACCUGUGUGCCAGGAAAGCAGUCACAUCCGGCCUGGCCCUGCAUUCCAACAUCGCUCGCCUUGUCGAUGGCCAUGUGGUCCUGAACGACACAGGAGCAGAAGAUGGGGCUGUGGGGGACUUUGUCUUCAAGCGAGCCCUGGCCAUCCUCAUGUGUGCGACCUACAGGAACCAGCUGCUGAACGUGUUUGUGCGCCCGUCUCUGGUGGCAGUGGCCCUGCAGAUGACACGCAGCUUCCGAAAAGAGGAAGUCUAUAGCUUCUUCAGCUUCUUGAGAGAUAUUUUUUCUGAUGAGUUCAUCUUCUUUCCUGGCAUUUCACUGAAGGAUUUUGAAGAAGGAUGUUUUCUGCUUACAAAAUGUGAUGCAGUUCAAACAACCCAACAAGAAAUCUACCCUACUGACAAAGGAAGUGUUGUAAUAUCUUUCUUAUCAGCUAUGUUCAGACCCUUUCUGGAAGGUUAUCAGUUAAUUUUCAGGUACCUCUCAAAGGAAGCAAAAGAAGCGUUUUCGGAGAAGCAGUUUAUAACUGGAGUCCGCAACUUCAUUUUUCAGCUGCUUGAGAAGGGGCAUACUCAGUGUUAUGAAGCACUGUCUUGUGACAUCCAGAAAAAUGCUUUGGCAACUCUUGUGCAACUCGGUGCAGCAAAGAAGAAGAAAAUGACCAGUGGAUUCUCUUACAGUAUAAAUCAAGAGGCUGUUAAUAAAAUUCUGGACAUGUUUGAUUCUCGGAUACCUGCACAGAAACCUGUGGUUGCAAGAUUGUGAGAGGUCUGGAUGCCG